CAGUCUACAUCAACAUCUUGAGCCGAAUAGACGCUCAUAGCCGCUACAUACUUUACCUGUUGUGUAUAGUCGCGGUGUGUUAUAAUUUUGUACAUUUUUUUUUCUCUCGAUAAAAGCGGAGGUGUUGUUUCAGUCGGAUGAGUGGUUGGAUUGGAAAUAAAUUUAUUUUCAAUAAAUUACAAAAAAAUUGUGAAAUUGUUUAUGUUUCCUUCCUAUGACCAAUUAUAGAAAUUCUUUAAUGUCGUAAACAUUGAGAGUGUGUUCGGAAAAUAUUGUUGUUCGUUUUGGCGUUUUUGUAAAAGUGAGAAGUAUUUGCCUCCUACACCAAUUAAUUUUUUGUUCGGCGGUUUCACAACGAACAAUAGACAGAAUUCAAAAGUUUAAAAUUUAUUCUGAACUUAAGUGCGGAUUACGUUCAUUUAUCAGUUUACCGUCAAAAUUAAAUUUUAUUGAAACAAAAUAGAAUGUGGAUUUUGUAUAAAAAGACAUCAUUCUAACCGUUAUAUCCAAGAUAGUGUUGAGGAUACAUGCGGUAUUGGUCACACUUCCAUACAAGAAAUGUUAUACUCGCUUGACGGAUUGAUUGAAAUUGUAUAACCAAUGAUCAAUUUCACCCCUUCAAGCAUCCACCAAAAUGCAUCAUAGAAAUCAACUCGAAAUGGAAUCCAUUACCUUCGAUGAAAUGCCCAUGCACGAGUCGGAUGAAAGUUGCAGUAAGAAAGGAGAAAAAUAUUCGCUGCGACAGCGGCAGCGACGACAGAGCAGUCGAAAUAAAACGAAAUCGGACCAAUCGUCAGUGGUGCCAAGUCAACCGAAUGAGCCACGGAAACCGAAACAGAAGCCAAAACCGAAGGCGGCACCACUCAGUAAAUAUCGUCGGAAAACGGCUAAUGCGCGAGAGCGGACCAGAAUGCGUGAAAUUAACAGUGCGUUUGAAAAUCUUCGUAAAUGCGUUCCAUUGUCGAUCAGUAGCGGAACACCCACAUCGACCAAUGAAAAGUUGACGAAAAUAACGACGCUCCGGCUUGCUAUGAAAUACAUAAGGACGUUAAAUGAAGUGCUGACCAAACCGAACAGUGAUCAAAAUUUCCAUAUCAGCCAUUCCAUCAACAAUAACAACAACAGUAGCAGCAAUAACAAUAAUUAUUUCAGUUCGAACAACAAUACUACCGCGAGCACAAAUUCGAAAGACUUGCUAAGUGAAAUGCUAUACCAAGCAGCACACAUACCAAAACGGGCCACGUAUAAAUGCCAGACGAAAGAUCGAUCCAAGUACUACAAUCAAAAGCUGGAGAUCAGUCCCUGCCUAACGCCGCCUAUGGAUAGUCCCAUUGAUAUGGGUCUGAUGUUGGAAUCCGAUGGCGAAUCAUUACAUUUGUCCGAACCGUGUCUCAGUCCACUGUCGCAAAAUAUGAAACCGUUCAGUUGUGCAACCGGUGGUGCGAUGGAAUUGGGUCUAUUUUUGGAAUCGGAUACCGAUUCGCUGCAAUUGUCUGAACCAUGUUUGAGUCCACUCGGUGGGCUGGAUUCGUUGAAUCCAUUCGGUGAUUUGUUGCACACAGGAUUUUCGGAGCAUUCCAGUUUAGAUAUUUAUUUAUCGUGACAUGUGUGACAUUAUAUGUUACGUGUACAGAAAUGUUUAGAAUUUUAAAAAUUAUUUAUUUUUUGGAGGUCAAAAUAUCAAAAACCGAUUUCUUAGAUUUACCAAUAAUAAUCCCAGUGCAAAAAGUAUAUUUCAUUCCCGGAACAUGUUCUCAUUGUGUCAUAAUAGGCUUAAAGUCAUGUACAGUGUAAUUUUACCUGGAUUUUGCAAAAACCUAGCCACAGAAUUUAUGAUAAUUGUCUAGGCGCUUUAAGUAGGGCGAAUGUUUACAAAAUUUAUUUAUUUUCGAGCCGAAGUCGAGCCCUUUAAUAGAGCACACCAAGUCCAUAUCUUAGCAACUUACUAGACGAGAGUUAUGGAAUAUUUUAUGUUUAUGAUGUUAAAAAAAAUCUUCUUCAAAUCAUAGAAGAAUUUUAGAAAAUCCUUUGAAGAUUCCGAAAAACCUUUUAAUAGAUGGAAAAUUUAUUGUUUCGACCCAUGAGAUACAGUCCUCGCCUUUGGCUCGUACUGCAAAUUUCCACACGUCUCAACAAGAAAUAUCCCAGCACGACAAUAAUGUACUAUUGAACUUCGAUGAAGCGCGAAUAAUUGCCAAGUCUUAUUUUACUCACCUGGCUGGUAUGUUUAGUGAUCAAGUGGUAAAAACACAGUUUUUUUUUCACAUCGUCUAAGCAAGGUCUGAUGAAAAUCACCUUUCACCGUAUCUGGUACGUCAACCUUUCAUAAACAGCAAACGUAUCGACAUAUUAUCGGAUCUAUUACUUCCUUUGAUGUGACAAGUUUCAAUAUAUUGAUGCAAAAUCUUUUACUUCAUUUGUUGUAACAUGCAUUUUGUUAUAUAAGACCACAUUACUCAGAG